AUACAUUGUUCGAUGUCGAUUUCUUUGAAUCCUUUCGUUCCUGUCGCUCCUCAGAAGUCCGAUCAGUUGCUCUCCUUCCUCUCUCCUCAGAAUAGUUGCUCUUCCUCCGUUUCGAGCUUCGACAGCUUCAUUCAGCUUCAGCGUUUCCGGCUGGGAUUCAGUUUAGGUCUGGGAUUUUGACUUCGAUUUGUUCUUCUGUGGGGACCGGCGAUUGAGUUAUGGUAAAACAAAAAUGAAACCCUAAAGCGAUUUCAGAUUCUGUAGUUUCCACUACUGGAGCAUUUCCCUCUGCUAUCCUUCGCUAAAAAACAUUCAAAGAGCCACAAAACAGACAUACCCGAGAGAUCACCCAGUAGGUGAAUUCGCUGAUCUCCUAUUGAAGGAAGAGAUACUAUUGGGUGCUUCUAUUUUACAAGUCUUGGAACUUCUUGUGCUUUGAGAAAAAGUGGGAAAUGGUUAACAGGUAUGGACUGUUUUGAUUUGUGUAGAAUAUCAUGUUGCAGUGCAUAGAGGGAUUUAUUGCUUCCCUAUUGCGGUGUUGCGAUCUUGAUUUAUACAAACAGUCAAGAGGCCUAGAAGAUCCUGAACGUCUUGCAAGGGAGACUGUGUCUUUUCUAACACUGUAUGCAGUCAGUGUGAGUGAAAUAGAGGCACUAUAUGAGCUUUUUAAGAAGAUCAGCAGUGCUGUGAUUGACGAUGGCCUAAUCAACAAGGAGGAGUUUCAAUUGGCAUUGUUCAAGACAAAUAAAAAAGAGAGCUUGUUUGCUGAUCGGGUCUUUGACUUGUUUGAUACCAAACACAAUGGGAUCCUAGGUUUUGAAGAGUUUGCUCGUGCCCUCUCUGUUUUUCAUCCAAAUGCCCCCAUCGAUGACAAGAUCGAGUUUUCUUUUCAACUGUAUGAUCUUAAACAACAAGGUUUCAUUGAAAGACAGGAGGUUAAACAAAUGGUAGUUGCUACUCUUGCUGAAUCUGGUAUGAACCUUUCAGAUGAUGUCAUUGAAAGCAUAAUUGAUAAGACGUUUGAAGAGGCUGACACAAAACAUGAUGGCAAGAUUGACAAGGAAGAGUGGAGAAGCCUUGUUAUACGACAUCCAUCGCUUCUGAAAAAUAUGACCCUUCAAUACCUUAAAGACAUUACUACCACAUUCCCAAGCUUUGUGUUCCACUCACAAGUUGAUGAUACUUGAACUCGAUAUUUGCCUUCAAGUGCAAUGAGAUUUGUUAAAUAUGGUUUGUUUCUUCAUGGAAGAUGUCCCUCGCACAAGUCAGAGGAGGGAGAGAAUUUCUACAAUUGUAUUGGUUGUCCUUUUGACAGUUCUUGGUUGUGUAUUUAUAUUCAAUAAUAAUUAAGCUUUUGUUUCCUUUUCUGUGUUUGGUCUGUUAUUUUUGUCUUCUAAUUAUGUAAUUUGUGUCAGAAGACUAUGGAUAAGAACAGACUAUCCACACAAGUGAGGUCAUGUUAAGUUUUGGAAGCUUAGCAUUUAUGCUUGUGAAUUACCGUUGCCCAUUUGCGAGUGCAUCAUGCUUGUAAUUUUAAGAGUCCUGUACAAAUCCAGAAAGAUGAAAGAUUGCCGUC